AUGCCGACAGCUCCCUGUACAGUCCGCCACGCACGGCGUGAGGACGUCCCCACCAUCCUGUCUCUGAUCAAAGAGCUCGCCGAGUACGAGAAGGAGCUCUCAAGCGUCGAAGCAACCGAGGCGUCCCUCGCCCAAACGAUAGCCUUCGUCCCGGACGGCUCCGACUUCUCCACCCCCGGCGGCGCGGACGCGACGACCCCGACACGGCCCGCGCGCUGCCUGCUCCUCUUCAACGAAACGGGCGCCCCGGCCGGCAUGGCGCUGUAUUUUUACAACUACAGCACCUGGCGGGCCCGGCACGGCAUCUAUCUCGAGGACCUGUUCGUGCGGCCCUCCGAGCGCAAGAAGGGCUACGGCAAGCGUUUGCUGUCCGAGUUGGCCAAGGAGACGGUAACGUCGGGCGGGGGCAGGCUCGAGUGGGUUGUGUUGAAGUGGAACGAGCCCAGCAUCCGGUUUUACGGGAGUAUCGGUGCCAAGUCGAUGGACGAUUGGGUCGGGAUGCGGGUUGAUGGCGACGCAUUGCCGCGGUUGGCGGGGUUGGAGUAG